AUGAUCUUCGCUUCUUUUAUCCGCAAUGCGGAUGGAGUCAGAGCAAUGCGAAAAAUUCUCGGUGAAAAAGGCAAAUUUAUCAAAAUUAUCGCCAAAAUCGAGAACCAGCAAGGUAUGGAGAAUGCCGACGAGAUCAUUGCCGAAGCGGACGGGGUCAUGGUUGCCAGAGGUGACCUCGGCAUUGAAAUCCCUACUGAAAAGGUGUUUGUCGCGCAGAAGAUGCUGAUCGGGAAGUGCAACCGAGCCGGGAAACCCUGCGUUUGUGCGACUCAGAUGCUUGAAUCGAUGACGAAGAAGCCACGACCGACUCGAGCCGAAGGAGGAGAUGUUGCCAACGCUGUAGGUUUUUGA